CUCGAGAUCCGGGAGAUUAGCUUUGUGAGAGUAUUGCACGUGUACCAGCAGGAGUACCAACAAAAAUAUAAACAUUUUAGUAAAGAAAACGUGCACUGUGUUAGUCACGUGACUGUCACAAUUCCGCCACGUGACCGGAGGUGUGUAACUGGCUACAAUGUUUCUUCUUCGUCAUUGUUUGAUCUUUACGGCAAUUGCCAAUUGUCGCUCGUCUUCGUCUAUUCGAUUUGAUCCGGUCGUGGAAAUGGAGGUUGUACUGUGGGAGCAUGAAGUACGUCCAUCCGAGCUCAUUACAUAUCGCACUCCAAUCAUUGCACCAAGAAACGAUGGCGGCUUGAUCGCAAUCAGUGAAGUUCACAGCAACAACUCUGAUCAAACUCAGUUUCUCACUCUGGCGCAUUCGAAGGACGGUGAACAAUGGUUUACUGACAAUCGCCUGGUGUUUACAAAUUCAUCCCAUUCGACACAUGGAGUGAACUUAGGACAGAUAAUGAACAAUAAGGAGGAUGGCACCGUGAUUUUAUUUUGUUCGAGGUUUGAUCAGGUUUCUAACAUGUCGGCGACGUAUUUAAUUCGUAGUCAUGAUAAUGGAAAAACUUGGGAUGAUCCGAUUGAUUUGAGUGACGUUGGUGAUGAGCAGAUGCCAGUGUUUACCCCCGGACCGGGACAGGCUGUGAAGAUUGAACAAAAUGCUGUCUGUGAGGGUCGUAUCGUAUCUUGUGGACAUUCAGUUGUUGACGACGAUGCUGUCGUGUGUAUUUACAGCAAUGAUAAUGGAAUUACGUGGAAGGCUGGAGCGAAACUUCCAGCAAUACCGUACAAAGAAAAGAAAUAUGUUGGUGACUUUGACCCUGGCUCAAAUCAGGCAGUUGAGCUUAACGACGGAACAAUCUUUUUCACCAUCACAAACAAGCUGCAGUAUCAUUCACAUUCUCGUAUCUUGGCUCAAAGCACAGACUGCGGGCAAUCGAUCAACCUCGAGAGCGUUUGCAUCAAGAACAUCCUACCAGAUCCGGCAUCCAUUGCCGGAAUGGUGUAUCUCAAUGACUACAACCUUCUACUUCAUUCCAAUGCAUUGAAUGGCCGGGAAGACAUCAACAUGUUUCUGAACUGGAGCUACGAUAAUGGGGCCACGUGGAGCAGCCAUGAUAGAGUUCAAGUGUGGCCUGGAGCAUCAGGUGCCUCUUGUCUGACUGCCAUUCCGGGUAGACCGAAUUAUGUUGGCUUGCUGUAUGAGAAAGGGGAUUUAGAUCGGUAUGAUGCUGUUUCCUUUGCUUUGAUCAAUCUGCAGCCAAGAUGGGAGGACGUAUAGACUGGCGUCUGUUGUAGUGAUUUGUACUGAUUUUGGUAGGUUCUAGAGGUGACAGGUUUAGGGUAGGCAUUGAGCACGUUGGUGGUUUUAUUUGCAAUAGCUAUUGUUGAAGUGUU